CAACCCCCCCAGAUAUGAUUGUGCUUUUUAUUCCUCAAGAGUCAAGAAUUCGAGAUCCAUUUUACUGUCACUCUCUUUCCAAGACGAACACAAAUUCGAUCUGCUCACCAUCUGCUUCGUUGAUAUCGCUCUUGUGACGACCGGGCGGUGUUAACUAAGCUGGUGGUGAACGACGCUCCCUGCCGCCGCCGCCGCCGUUCUCAGCCGCAAGUAGUCGCGCCUCGUCAAUCGGCUUCUUUUGCUUCUCCAAGCCAUGUCCAGAUCUCGAGUUUAUGCGGACAUCAAUGUGGUUCGCCCUAGGGAGUAUUGGGAUUACGAAUCGCUCACUGUUCAGUGGGGUGACCAGGAUGACUAUGAAGUUGUUCGGAAAGUCGGAAGAGGAAAAUACAGUGAAGUGUUUGAGGGUAUAAAUGUCAAUAGCAAUGAGAGGUGCAUAAUUAAGAUUUUGAAGCCUGUUAAGAAGAAGAAGAUUAAGAGAGAGAUCAAAAUAUUGCAGAACCUCUGUGGAGGACCAAAUAUUGUCAAACUCCUUGACAUUGUCAGAGAUCAGCACUCAAAAACUCCAAGCUUGAUAUUUGAGUAUGUAAACAGUACAGAUUUCAAGGUUUUAUACCCCACAUUAACAGAUUAUGACAUACGGUACUACAUAUAUGAGCUUCUCAAGGCCCUAGACUAUUGUCAUUCACAAGGAAUAAUGCAUAGAGAUGUCAAACCUCAUAAUGUUAUGAUAGACCAUGAGUUGCGGAAACUUCGAUUGAUAGAUUGGGGCCUUGCUGAAUUUUAUCACCCAGGGAAGGAAUAUAAUGUUCGUGUGGCUUCAAGAUACUUUAAGGGUCCUGAACUUCUUGUUGACUUGCAAGACUAUGACUAUUCUUUGGAUAUGUGGAGCCUUGGCUGCAUGUUUGCAGGAAUGAUUUUCCGCAAGGAACCUUUCUUUUAUGGACAUGAUAAUCAAGAUCAGCUUGUCAAGAUUGCCAAGGUACUUGGGACAGAUGAGUUGAAUGCAUAUUUGCACAAGUAUCGAUUAGAGCUUGAUCCUCAGCUUGAGGCUAUGGUCGGGAGGCACAGCCGAAAGCCAUGGUCCAAGUUUAUUAAUAAUGAUAAUCAGCAUUUAGUGUCACCUGAGGCCAUAGAUUUUCUCGACAAGCUUCUUCGCUAUGAUCAUCAGGAUAGGCUUACAGCAAGAGAAGCAAUGGCCCACCCAUAUUUCUUGCAAGUGAGGGCCGCAGAGAAUAGCAGGAUGAGAGUUCAGUGAUGUGGUCUUUCAUCAUGGUCGUCGUCAUCAUAAUAUAAAUUUGCAAUUGAAUGAACUAGAUUUGGGUGGUUUUGAAGUGAUGUGAAAGUGACAUGUACUAUUGGAGAGGUAUAUUUUUGACAUUCUGUAUCCAUGUUUGAACUAAAAAAAAUUGUCUGUGUUGUGUUUCACCUGCAAUUGCUGUGUAGUAUUGCAUUUU